AUGACGAGAAUCAGCCCCGACAACGCCGACAAUAGCGGAUAUUAUUUGCCUCACCACGGCGUAAUAAAGACAUCGAGUGAAACGACUAAGCUCCGUGUCGUGUUCGACGGAUCGGCAACGACCAGCACCGGAGUGUCAUUAAACGAUGCACUCUACACAGGACCCAAGCUACAGGAGGAUUUAGUCGAUAUCCUUCUCAGAUUCCGCCUACAUCAAUAUGUCCUCACUGGGGACAUCGAGAAGAUGUACAGGCAAUUCCUAAUGCGACCAGAGGACCGACGAUAUCAAAAAAUCGUUUGGCGUAACGAGAAUGGGGAAAUCGAAGUCUACCAGCUCAACACCGUCACAUUCGGGUUAUCGGCAGCGCCAUAUCUGGCCCUACGGUGUCUGAAGCAGUUGGCAGACGACGAAGGACAUCGAUUUCCACGAGCGUCAUCGGCCUUGCAGCGAGACUUCUACGUCGAUGACGCCCUCACCGGAGCAGACACGAAGGAAGAGGUAUUGUCCCUCAGAAAGGAACUUACCGAACUUCUCCAAUCAGCCGGCUUAACCAUUCGGAAGUGGGCUUCCAACGACCAGAGCAUACUCCAAGGGCUAUCCGAUCAAGACACAAGUCGGAGGUUACAAUUAGGUGAGUCUCAAACCCUAAAAACCCUCGGCAUAUUUUGGGAUUCCAGGGAGGAUGCGAUACUGUACUCGGUUGAAGCCAACGCCAACAUCGCUAGGGUCACAAAGCGAUCCAUCAGCUCGGUGAUCGCCAGGAUCUACGACCCACUAGGAUUGCUCGCGCCAGUAAUCGUUCGAGCGAAGAUUCUACUUCAACGAGUCUGGUCGUUAAAGGUCGACUGGGAUGAGUCCCUCCCAGCGGACUUGCAUUCCGAGUGGGACCGAUAUUAUGCUCAGCUGCCAUUGCUCAACGAGAUUCGGUUCCCACGCAAGACCAUUAUAAAGGCAGCUAUUGAGCUCGAGAUCCACGGCUUCUGCGACGCUAGCGAAAAGGCGUAUGGAGCCUGUGUCUAUCUAAGAUCUCUCGAUCCGCACGGACGCAUCCAGACGUGCUUACUCACGGCGAAGUCGAAGGUAGCACCGCUCAAAUCGCAGACCAUUCCACGCCUUGAGCUGAGCGGCGCCUUUCUACUUACAUCGCUAAUUACAAGCACCCAACAAGCAUUACAAGUUGAAAUAACUCGCAAGGUUUACUGGACGGACUCCACGAUUGUUCUCCACUGGAUCAACGCGUCUCCACAUACCAUGAAGACCUUCGUCGCAAAUCGAGUCGCGGAGAUCCAGAACAAAACAAGCGUCACCGAUUGGCGUCAUGUCCCCACCAGUGACAAUCCUGCGGACCUCAUCUCUCGGGGACAAUCACCCGAAGACUUUCGGCAACCUACCAUUUGGCAAACUGGACCGCGAUGGCUGCAGCAAUCAGAAGAAUAUUGGCCUAUGUGGAGUCUAACACCUCUGGCCAACUUACCAGAAAGGAAAGCAGCAACUUGCCUCGCCACAGCUCCUGUCAACAACAGUCUAUUAGACAGGUUUUCAUCAUGGCCAAGGUUGAUCCGCAUCGCUGCCCGCUGUCUUCGCUGGAGACGAAAACAAGAUCGAUCGUUGUCACUCACCAUACAAGAACUACAGGUUUCCCACGAUAAACUCAUCAAAGUUUUACAACACAUCCACUUCUCAGAUGAGAUAGCAACGCUCCGGAAGAAUCGAAACCUGCCGGUCGGUGGAAAACUCCAGCGACUCAAUCCGUUCCUAGAUAAGGCAGCAAUAUUGCGCGUCGGCGGCCGAUUGAGUCAAGCACCGAUGGCCGUCGCACAAAAACACCCGAUCAUACUGCCCAAGGCUCCCACCACCUCGCGUAUAAUCGAGAACGAGCAUAAGGUCAGUAUGCAUGCAGGUACACAGGCCACAUUAUACGCAGUGAGGCGACGCUACUGGCCCAUCGAUGGCAGAAGUCAAGUAUGGCGCACGAUCAAAGGUUGCGUCCGCUGUUGUCGUGCUCAUCCACCACCGGUAGAAUAUAUCAUGGGUAACCUGCCGGAGGCUCGAGUAACGGAAUCCCGACCAUUCGCAAACGUCGGUGUCGAUUAUUGUGGUCCGUUUCAUAUCAAGGAGAAGCGAGACCGUAACCGCCGCCAAGUCAAGGUAUACGUAGCCAUUUUCGUAUGCCUAGCAGUUAAGGCGGUGCACAUCGAACUCGUCGGCGAUCUCACGAGCGAAGCCAUCAUCGCCGCUCUUCGACGAUUCAUCGCACGGCGAGGGUUUUGUUCGACGAUCCACUCCGACAAAGGCACAAACUUCAUCGGCGCCAACAACAAACUAAGGGAGCUCCACGAACUCCUAAAAUCAGACGACUACAACGAGAAGGUCACGACAUUCCUGGCCAACAAGCAAAUCGAAUGGCGCUUCAUACCCCCUCAUUCUCCGCAUUUCGGUGGGUUAUGGGAGGCAGCAGUAAAGUCUUUCAAGCAUCACUUUCGACGCGUCGUGGGAAAUGAACUGCUUACCUUCGAGCAAUUUAACACUCUGAUCAUCGAAAUAGAAGCAGUCCUCAACUCCCGACCACUAACACCCAUAUGCACCGAUCCCAAUGAUCUCCUCGUCCUCACUCCUGGCCAUUUUCUCAUUGGCGAAUCGUUAAUGAGUUUGCGUGAGCGAUAUUUCAGAGACACUCAAUCCAACCGACUCUCCAGAUGGCAAUACAUACAAAAGAUUAAGCAACAUUUCUGGAAACGUUGGCACCAGGAGUAUCUCAAUGAAAUGAACAAUCGCAACAAGUGGACCAAGGGUGGACACCACAUACAGGAAGGCACAAUCGUCCUGGUCAGAGAGGACAACGUACCCCCUAUGCAAUGGCCUUUGGGCGGUGUAAUCAAGGUCCACCCCGGAGCUGACGGCAUCAUCCGCACCGCCACUGUAAAGACAUCAUCGUGCCUCCUGGACCGCGGCGUCAAACGGCUGGUCCCCCUGCCAUGUCAAGCCGCCCCAGACGAGUCCGGACAAUCACAAAUAUCGAAGAAGGGGGACAGCACACCCACCUAA